CGUUGAUUUCAUUUUGUUGCAGAAGCACGUGUUUCUCGCGUAUCACUCACGUCAUCUGGAGAUUUUCUCGUUAUUGUGACCUUUAGCCGUCGAUUAUUUCGUGAGUGACGUCUCAUAUCAAGAAGUGAGCUCCCCUCUUUCCGUCGGUGCCAUGUCAACUCGUGCGAGAUGCGACUGGAGGGGUUGCCGGUUGGUGGCAUCGGCGGCGACCGAUUUUUGCUGCUCUACGCUUCGCAAACUGGACAAGCCGAAGCCAUCGCACGCCGCAUACAAGGCAUGUCUCUCGGACACAAUCUCAAACCAGACUUGCGCUGCGUGAGCUCUUUCGACGACAGCUUUAAGGACCUCCAAACUGAAACCUGCAUCGUCGUGAUCGUGUCGACGACCGACGACGGACUCGUACCGGAAAAAGCGCGACGCUUCCUUCGCUCGCUGCGCAAAGCUCCAGAUCUUUUCCUAUCGGGUAUCAGGUACGCUAUCCUCGGGCUCGGAGACACGAACUACUCGAAUUUUUGCAACGGAAGCAGGAUCCUAGAGGCCCGAUUCGAAGCCCUUGGAGCGGAGAGAUUCUACGAGACUGGCUACGCGGACGACGCGGUGGGGUUAGAACUCGUAGUCGAGCCUUGGAUCGAGGGUCUCUGGCAAGCGCUUCGCGAUUGUUUAGGGUCAGCGAUGGCGGCGACUGGGAAGUCGCAGCAUAUCGAGCGUCCUUUAGGUGCGCCCGCAGUUGAGGGUUUGACGAAAUGCUGCCUGCCGUCUUCGGUCGAACUGACGUUACCUCAACGGAAGGAGCCGACCGUCAUGGUCGAAUUCACCAAAGAGCCGCCGGUGGAACACACCUGGCAAGGUGGGAGUUCACUGCCGUUCCAGGACUCUGACGUCGUGGAGGCGACGCUGAUCUCGUCAAGGAUGUUGACGUCCUCGGAUGCUGUACGGGAGACGUGGGAACUGACCUUUCAGCUUCCGUCCAAAGCCAAGAUUGACUUCAAGCCCGGCGAUUCUUUUGGGUUCCUUUGUCCAAACAGGACCUCCGAUGUUCAAGAGUUGAUGGCUCAAAUUGGGUGUACCGGGGGUACCUGCAGCAUCUCGGUGUCACCUGGGAAGCCAUCUAAGGGCUUCGAACACCUUCCCAAGAACCUGUGUGACUUGAAGUGGGUGCUGAAGACUUGCUGCGACUUGAGAGGCGUUCCUAAGAAAGUGUUUUUGAGAGUUCUCGCAGACCAUGCUUCGGACGAGAAGGACAGGCGGCGCCUUUUGGAACUCUCGAGUCGCGAGGGUGCCAAAGACUAUGCGAACUUUGUCCUCGAGUCGAGGACAUCCAUUUUCUCCAUCCUGACGGCUUUUCCAUCCUGUAAGCCUUCGGUGGCUGUUCUGUUGGAACAUCUGCCUCGGUUGAUGCCACGCUACUACUCCGUUUGUGGCUGGGAGCCCGCUCAAGGACAAGGUUCACGUAACUUUAAGAUAAUCUACAAAAUGUGUCCGUUUUCAACUCUAAAGGGCACUAAGGAGCAAGGGCUUUGCACUGGUUGGCUCACCAGUCUAGCUGAGGACGUUACGAAUUCCAAGAGCGUUGUAAAAAAAAUGGAAAAUCUACGGUUGGCACAGUCGGAGCAACGGAAGUGUGUUGUUCCUGUGUAUUUGCGACGAAACAUUUCCUUCAGGUUUUCGGAAUCGCUGGACAUUCCCAUAAUAAUGAUAGGUCCGGGUUCUGGAGUGGCACCUUUUCUAUCUUAUCUCCAGUGGCGGCGAGAGGCUAUGAGAGCUCCCAGAUCGGAACAGCACGAUAGUGAGACAUGGCUGUUCACUGGUUGUCGCCACCGACAUCUCGAUUUCCUCUACGAGGCUGAACUAGAACUGUUGGUACGGGACGGCACACUUUCAAAUCUGGUUGUUGCAUUUUCCCGUGAUCCAGAAAUUAAGGAAACGAAAGAAAAUCCCCAGACAACGUUAAUGUCGGAGCACAGUUGCGACUUGCAAGGUUCCGAGAAGUGCGCAAUGGAGAUGGUUUCUUCAGGAGCCGAACAAGCGAAAUUGGAUAUUGAUUGUAGCUUACAAUCAGCUAUUGGUGAUUCCAAGCCAAAUGUUUGGCUGCAUGCUGGCAGAUACGUUCAAGACUGCCUCCGAACUUGCAGCAGUGAUGUGGCCCGACUCCUACGGAAGCAAGGGGCUCAGGUCUAUGUGUGUGGUGACGCCCGUGGAAUGGCAACCGGUGUGAGAGAUGCUCUUGUGGACAUUCUUGUUCGAGAGGGUGAUGCAGCUUUGGUGGCGGAUGCACUGACUUCAUUGAAGGCGAUGCAGAAGCAGGGGCGAUACCUGCAGGACGUAUGGACAUGAGCAGUCUGAUAAGAGUGAUGCUUGGGCGAGUUGGUGACCCGGCUAUUUUUGUCGGCAUAGAACUCGAUUUUAAUCGAGCAUGUAAGAAACUGAAUUCGCCUUCUAGAAUAUUGAAGCGAGCCUUUAUGGCCAAAGACUUUGUUCUUAAAUGAGUAAAGAAGAAUAUAUUCAGGCA